AUGGCCCAAGCCGUUGGCAAAUAUGCCGCGAACAAGUUUCUCAAGAAGCAGAUGAAGGGAUACGAAGGCAAGAAGGUCGAGAGCGGAGAUGUGAGUUCACCUCAUUGCUACACCUUUCCACACUUUCUCGCGACUCUCGACGUUACGGAGAGGCGCAUCGCAUCAUACGGACGUUGGCUCUCGUGGUGAAGAUAAGUUAUUGUAUGCUAACAUCAUUGGACCUGUAGGAUCCCUACUUCGCCAUGAUCGAGGACCCUAAGCGACCCGGCAAAUUGAAGAAGGUGAAGAAAGUCAUCCCAGACUACAUCCCCGAAAACGACGCCAUGAUCCUCGCCAGCGUGCGCAAGACCGCCUACCGUCUCGACAUGUGCCUCUUCAACCUCUUCGGCAUUCGUUUCGGUUGGGAAGCUGUCAUUGGAAUCGUUCCUGCCGCGGGAGACGCAAUCGGAGUCGCCAUGGCCCUCCUCCUCAUGCGAAAGUCAAUGCAGGUCGAAGGAGGCCUCCCAUCCUCACUCAAGCUCCGCAUGCUUAUCAACAUCCUCAUCGAUUUUGCCGUCGGGCUCGUACCAAUCAUAGGCGAUCUUGCAGACGCCGCAUUCAAAUGCAAUACCAAGAACCUGCGAUUGCUCGAAGUCCAUCUCGACAAGAAGUACCGGCCAAGUCACACAGAAAGAGACGAAAGAGACAUGCCGGAUAAGGGUCGGCGUGUGGAAAAUCGUAAAUCCGGUAUCUACCACCCCAGAGAUCCUCCGCCGGCUACUGUCUUUGAUGACAGCGACGAUGAUCUCCCAAUCAACAUGGAAGACACAAGGCGGGGGCAGGCCCCCAGGGAUACAAGAGGACAAAGGGAUACGGACAUGAGACAGGAGACAGGGCGCACCAGAAGAUAG